AUGAAGCUCGAUAAGCAGAGAACCUUGAAGUUGGUCUGGAGUUACCUGCCGGACUGGGUCUUAACGAUAGGUUUAUGGGUGGAUGGCUACAGAAGAUUGUUUUCCGUGACAGAUGCCUCACUCGCGCAUCCUUAUGCGGAGCACGAGAGAAUUCCUGUCUGGCUCCUGGCUGUUCUGUGCGGGAUUGUUCCGGCAAUCCUUAUCGUCUUGAUGGGCGCUGGUAUUCAACGAUCAGCUUGGGAUGUGCACUGUGGUAUCCUUGGACUCAUCCUUGGUCUAGGCCUGAGCCAGACGUUCACCACCAUAAUUAAGAUCACAGCCGGUCGACCUCGGCCUGACCUAUUUUCACGCUGUCAACUACCUGAGGAUCUCACGUCAAAUCCAGUCCACGGACUCACAUCAUGGACAGUGUGCGAACGCACUGAUCUUCUGACGGAAGGCUUCAGGAGCUUCCCAAGUGGUCAUGCAUCCUUCGCAUGGACAGGCAUGUGGUAUCUCAUCCUGUACGCUGCAGCUAAACUCCGCUUAUUCAAUCGCCGGUCUCAUACUUGGAAAUCUUGGAUCUUACUAGCUCCACUUAGCUGUGCUGCGCUCGUAUCUAUCUCACGAACGAUGGAUUACAGGCAUCACUCGACAGACGUCAUUGCAGGUGGGAUCAUUGGUAUCCUCGCUGGAUGGCUGUCCUACAGACAGUUUUAUCCCAGCCUCGGUGACUCUGCAUCUUACAAACCGUACUCGCCUCGUAUACCGCCCUCCGAUCAAGGUAUCCCACUCCAUACGACACGGAUCGAUAGGCCCCGCUCGAAUGUCGAGAACAGCGUCAGAGCUUCGUUGAUACCUGUACCUCACAGAACAGUGACGAGUAAGACGGAGAAUACUUCAGGCUUGGAGUCAGCAUCUCACAUCGCUUAUUCUCAAGAUCCAAGUCAUCGACAACUCGCAAGCCCUCUGAACCGACCAGACGAAAGACCUUCCGAUGCGACACUCAGGGGAUCGGCAUAA